UCCACUUUAAUGGAGACCUGAGACUGGAGCCUGGGCUUGUAGAGGGGCAGAAAGACGGACAAGCAGAUUGCCCUGUCGUCCUCACUUACCCUCUCCCCUCUUCUCUCCUAGCUCAGCCCAAGGUGACCGUGUAUCCUACAAGGACCCAGCCCCUGCAGCACCACAGCCUCCUGGUCUGCUCUGUGAAUGGUUUCUACCCAGGCAACAUUGAAGUCAGAUGGUUCCGGAAUGGCCAGGAAGAGAAGGCUGGGGUUGUCUCCACAGGCCUGAUCCGUAAUGGAGAUUGGACCUUCCAGAUCCUGGUGAUGCUGGAAACAGUUCCUCAGAGUGGAGAGGUUUACACUUGCCAAGUGGAGCACCCAAGCCUGACGGACCCUGUCAGGGUGGAAUGGAGGGCUCAGUCUGAAUUUGUGCGGGGCAAGAUGCUGAGUGGAAUUGGAGGCUCUGUUCUUGGCCUGCUCUUCCUUGGGGUAGGGCUGUUCAUCUACUUCAGGAAUCAGAAAGGGCACUCUGGACUUCAGCCAACAGGACUCCUGAGCUGAAGUGAUGGUGAGGACGUUCAAGGAAGAAGCUUCUGUCUCAGCUUUAGAGAAGGGAAAGAUUUCCUGCUUUUCUUGUUCUUUCACAUAGAGAGUGGGUUCUCAGGAUCUGGUUUGUCCCUGGUUUAGUGACCUUGCAGAAAAUUUUCUUCCUAAUGCCUUCCUCAGUCCCUGCCCUUGGCCUGGAAGUUCCACUGUUAAUUUUCAAACCUCAUCUUCACUCUUUGCUGGUCCCCUUUGUGCUCAACUGUUCCUGCCACCUGUGCAUCUAAAGUCACCACAUGCCACAUUAUUAAAUUUUUCUCAAAUAAACAUGGAGUGAUAAAUUACUGGUUCAUAUGACAAAAAAAAUACAAACAAGACAUAGGGAAUUCCCUCACAAUAUGAAAAUGGUUUUCAUUUAUGUAUGUAAGUAUGUCAGGUGUAUGUUAAAGAGCUUGAUUUAGCCCUUGCACAGUGGGUGCAUGUAUCAGUCCAUCAUGCUGAACACCGCAAAUGGAUACAACUUUGACUUGUCAAUUAAAAAGCUAAAAUUAAAAUGAAAAGUUUUAAAAGGCAAUGCCUAAAAACGGGAACAAAACCAUAGCAAUUGAAACAAAGUUGACAAAAGCAUUGAGUAACAAGGUAGAAAAGACAAAA